AUGCCGUCGUUAUCGACCUUGGCGCUCGCAUUGGGCGCAGCUUCGCUCGCCGCCGCUGGUCCGGCUAAGAUCGAGGCUCGUGCCACCAGCUCUGCAACUGCAAGUGCAAGUGGGAGCGCAUCUGGCACUGGCUCAACAUCGUUGCCCACUGUCACCACCAAGGGUAACGCUUUCUUCGCUGGAGAUGAUCGAUUCUACAUCCGCGGUGUCGACUACCAGCCUGGAGGUUCCUCGAAAGCGGCCGAUCCCCUGAUCGACUUCGACAGCUGCUCUCGCGAUAUCGCCAAGUUCAAGGAGCUCGGCCUCAACACGAUCCGUGUCUACACCGUCGACAACUCGAAGAACCAUGACCAGUGCAUGAGCGCGCUGGCCGAAGCUGGAAUCUACCUUGUACUUGAUGUCAACACCCCAAAGUACUCUUUGAACCGCGAUGAGCCUGCGGAGAGCUACAACCCAACCUAUCUGCAAAGCAUUUUCUCUACGAUCGAUGCCUUUGCCGGCUACACUAACACGCUAUGCUUCUUCAGCGGUAACGAAGUCAUCAACACCGCCAACAGUACCAGCGCUGCUCCGUACGUCAAGGCCGUCACGCGAGACAUGAAGCAAUACAUUGGCGAGCGCGGCUAUCGAUCGAUCCCGGUCGGCUACUCAGCUGCUGACGUCUCAGAGAACCAAUACCUCCUGGGACAGUACAUGGAUUGUGGUGACGAGCCAUCUCGCAGCGACUUCUACGCUAUCAACAAUUAUGAAUGGUGCGACCCAUCGUCUUUCACAACCUCCGGCUGGGAUCAGCUUGUCGAGAUGUACUCCAACUACUCCAUUCCCCUCUUCCUUUCUGAGUAUGGCUGCAUCACCAAUACCCGAACCUUCAAAGAGACGACAGCGCUUUAUCAGACGGACAUGACGAAGGUCUUCUCAGGUGGCCUCGUCUACGAAUACUCCAAUGAAGGCAGUGGCUACGGCAUUGUUACCAUCAACGGCGACUCAGUCACCCAAGUCGGCUCUCAAUUUGACGACCUCAAGAGUGCUCUCGCUGGCGUUCAAAACCCAAGCAACGGUGGCGGCUACUCCACCGACGGCAAAGUCCAAACGUGCCCUGAUCAGUCCGAUGACUGGGACACAAAGCCCUUCACUGGCAGUGCCCUCCCGGCCAUGCCAUCUGACGCCGACAAGUACAUGAAGGACGGUGCUGGAGACGGACCAGGUCUCAGCGGUGACGGCAGCCAGAACGCCGGAGGUGGCAGCUCUUCCACUGCUUCUGCGAACGCUGGUGCCGUCUCAACCACUUACGGCAACGGAGUCGCUUCGUCCACAGGCUCUUCAAGCAGCAGCGGAAGCUCGUCUUCGUCGUCGAGCAGCGCCGCCACCCCUAUGCAUAUGGCUCGUGCGGACGUUGCACCACUUAUGUGUGGCGUUGUUGUGUUUAUUAGCAUGUUGUUCGGUGCUGCAAUCUUGUAA